AACAUCUUUGUAGUGUUUGGUGCAUAAUAAACUUUAAAAGUUAGAAAAUCGCGUGCGAGUUGCAGUGUUUAUGUCGGUCUGUCUAUACGGUGCUUUACGGUAAUUCACUACACGCUGCUUUUCUGUCCUCGAACCGUAGGUCGCUGUUUAUGGUUUGCAUUGGUGGUCUGUCUCUCGUAAAGGUUUUCUCUUUUUGUCGAUUACAGGCAAAGCAUCUUUAUUAAAAGAUUACGACUGCAAAACGAAUCUGACCAUUUCUAAGAGCUCCGGUAAAUGAUGGACAUCAUGAACACUGUUGGUUUUCACACACAGUUAACAUCCAUAAUGGAAGUGUUGGCGAAUGCAGCUGUUGUUGAAAUAGGCAAACUUUUCGAGGAUCAUUGCGCUCUGUUGGGAUUCGAGAUAAAGCGAUGUACAAACGAAAACGACUCUCUAAGAAAGAAAUGUUUGUUUCUGGAGACUGAACUUCAGGCUGCCCGAAGAAACACCAGCAGGAUGAACGAGACGGAAGCUCCGUUCAGCGACCGACCGACAGACACAGGACGUCCUGCAAUUGACAAUGUGUUUGGUAAGGAGUGGUCCAUGGACUUGUGGAGACACGAGGAGUCAAACAUUGGUCAAAAUGAGGAGACAAGUCUGAGCUCUUCAGCUAACACAGUAGAGACAGUUAAUUUGUUGAAUGAAGAAACAGACGGGAUUCUGAUUAAGGUUGAGACGUUUGAGGAUUGCCCAAGUCAAAAUAAAACUGAAGAUAAAAGCAACAGUUUAAGUAGUACAGGACCUGCACUGGGCAGCAAUGAGAGAAAUGAUGCUGAGAGUUCAGCAGAUUUUAUCACAUACACAAUACCUACAUAUGACCAAGUGAAAUCAAACCCACCGCAGAGACAAACCGAUAAACAAACAAGACUUUCUACACAUGGAAACAGUCCAACACAGCCACAUUUGAUGACUGAUGAGGUUGUUUCAACCUUUACCAGUAGCGCUAAAUUCAGCAGUACACAAAACCAGACAAGCGCUUCAGAAAUUAAAAAGAUUGAAUGUAUACUCUGUGGAGAAACCUUUAACCUUCGAAGAUGUCUGAACUUACACAUGAAGACACACACUGGAGAAAAACGUUUUGGCUGUACAAUUUGUGGCAAACGAUUUGCUAAAAAAAGAUACCUGCCAAUACACCACCGGGUCCAUACGGGUGAGAGGCCGUACACGUGCAUGGACUGUGGGAAGAGUUUUGUCCAAAAGUCUUAUCUUACUAAGCAUCUCCAAACCCAUACCAGCUAAAGCAUCUCCAAAGCCAUAUCAGAGGAAAGCCUUAUAGUUGUGUCAAAUGGUAAAAGUUACACAAACAAAUGGGCUUUUGAUAUACACCAGUGCUAAAAAAAUAUAAAAAUAAACAUGUGAUCAUACAUAAUAUGCAUCUUGAUAUAUGCUGUGACACAUUCAGAUGACUCACUAUGGGGCUUUUUAUAGGCCUACCUGAAUAAGAAACACUUUGUUUUGUUUCUUAAAUAUAAGUUUACACUGUUGUUAUUUUCCACCUAAGUUUUUAUUUGAAGAAAAUGUUACAGUUGUAGACUGUCUAUCACAAUUCAAUAAAAAUGUUUUUAGAA